AUGUGUACGUGUUUUCCAGGCAAGAUGGAGGCUACAGCUACGCGUACUAUCAAUCUAAUCAACCUACUCAAUGAUAUCGUUGUUUUAACUUUUGCUGAAAUAUUGGAUACUGUUGGGUUAUGGAAGGCUCUUGGCCUGCGAACAGUAUCAAUAACAAAUGCAAUAUGUGUCGAUUAUAUCAAAAAUCCUCAUGGUCCUGUUGAUGACGCUCUGGAGAUAUGCCGCAGAUACCCUCCGAGUAAAUUACCCCGUAUCACCCCUCUUCUCAUACACAAAGAAAUGAAAUCCAACACUAGUGACAUGAUACUUACUCCAAUGCACCGAGCAACUGUUUCUGUGUCUAAAAUUCAUUGUCUCUCAGAGGAAAAAAAGAGCGAAUUGGAGCUCGCUCUGCAGGAACACAAACGGAAGGCGGCAGUUAAGCUUUCUCGCUCCAAGGCUACCGCGGACUUACAACCCAGUACCUAUAGUCGACAAUCAUAUUCCAGUGGAUACGGUCAACGCGAAAGAAUACUAGAUAUGCAAAAUAGACUUUGCACUGCUAUCAUCGCCAAUGAAAUUGCAUACGUACGAGUCUUGCUUGAGAGUUACCAUGCGGAUGCCAAUUUUAGGAACAAAUACUUCGGUAGACCGUUGCAUCUCACUUCAAGAUACGGACGAGUCGAUAUAAUGCAGGUUCUUCUACACCAUGGCGCCGACUCCAGCGCAAUUCAACCAUAA